AUGUCAGGUGGCGAAGCUCAUUCGACUAGGGUUGUGAUUAUCGACACCAAGUAUGUCCACACAGACGCCAAGAGCUUCAAGACCGUGGUGCAGAAGCUCACCGGGAAAGAUCCAACGGCGGAGGAGACCCGCCAAACGGGCGCCGGUUGGAGCUCCAAUCUUGUGAUCACAGAUUCAUCGUUCAAGAAGUUCCAAACAGAGCUGCGAGAGAUGCCAACAAUUCAUCGAUGA